CAGGUGGGGAGGGGGGGGCCUGGGAGGAGACCCUGCCUCUCCCCACCCCACAAAGUGAAGGGGUGAGUUCUAUAGGGCUGGGGGGUAACCCCCAGAUUUAGGGGGUACCCUGCCUCUGCAGGGGGCACCUGGUCUCUGCCAACCUCAGGCCAGACCCACCGCCAUGAACUCGAAUGUGGAAAACCUGCCGCCCCACAUCAUCCGGCUGGUCUACAAGGAGGUCUCCACCCUGACGUCGGACCCGCCGGAGGGCAUCAAGGUCUUCCCCAACGAGGAGGACAUCACGGAUGUCCAGGUCACCAUCGAAGGGCCCGAGGGGACGCCCUAUGCCGGGGGCGUCUUUCGCAUGAAACUCAUCCUGGGCAAGGAUUUCCCAGCCGCGCCACCCAAGGGCUACUUCCUCACCAAGAUCUUCCACCCCAACGUGGGCGCCAACGGCGAGAUCUGCGUCAACGUCCUCAAGAAAGACUGGAAGGCAGAGCUUGGCAUUAAGCAUGUGCUGCUGACCAUCAAGUGCUUGCUGAUCCACCCCAACCCCGAGUCGGCGCUGAACGAGGAAGCGGGGCGCCUCCUGCUGGAGAACUACGAGGAGUAUGCGGCCCGGGCCCGCCUGCUGACCGAGAUUCACGCCCAGCCCUCCAGCCUGCGGGGGGCCAGCAAGGACCCCGGCGACCCCUGCUCCUCUGCUGCCGCCCUGGCCGCUGGGGGCGAGGGCCCCGUGGCCAAGAAACACGCCGGCGACAGGGACAAGAAACAGCUGGCGAAGAAGAAGACGGACAAAAAGCGGGCGCUGCGGCGGCUCUAGGGCUGCCCAAGGGCCUGGCUCGAACCAUGGACUGGGGGGGCGGGGGGGUCCAGGCAGGGUUCUAAUAAAACUGUCCCUUUUCCCAGCUUUUUGUUAAGGCGCUUUGGUAUUUUACUCUUUUUUCAAUCUUAAGUUAUUUAAGUUAUAAAAAAAAUCUAUUAAAGGACUUUGUUUUCUACCCAAGGGUUAAUUUAUUCCUUUGUCACUGGGCCACCCUUGAUCCUCAGCGCACCCCCCCCCCCGCCAUCCCCUUUUGGAAAGGGGAGGGGGUUGGCAGUGCCUGGCUUGAGAUCUGUGUUACAGGGACCUGCCAGAGAAUGUGAAUCCAGCCACCAGGGGCAGAACUGCCCUGUAUGUACAGAGAACGGUCUGAAUCCAGCUGACCCAACGGAGCAGUCCUGGCUCCCAGCCCCCCUGCUCUAACCACUAGCCCCCACUCCCCUCCUAGAGCUGUGGGCAGCCCCCUUUCAGCCUCAGAAGUUUGGGCCCCUUCAGGGCCCUGCUGGUUGCCUGUGGAAAAGGCUCCUGGAGGUUGGUGUUUUGGUGCAAUCCUUCUCGCUUUAGCUGUUACGUGACAGGGCUGGGGUCCUGCUCCCAGCACCCAAGAUAUUGACCCCCAAGCACCCAGUGCCAACUUCCUCCAGCCAACUCCCACUAAGCGGCUCUGCAGGGGAGGCUGGGAUGGGAUAGUCGGGUGUCUACACAGGACACGCAGGCAAGUUAAUCCCAAUUAAAGAUGUGAAUGUAAAGUGGGUUCAUUAAACUUCUUUGUGAAUGUUUA